CUACAGAACAUUGAUCUGUGUGCUUUAAGAACAUGUUAGCAUUUGUAAGAAAGCUCAAAUGAUCAAGACACUGAUCUGACCAGUGUACAUGUAGCCUAUUUGUACAUUUGUUUGUUGACUUCCGAGCAACAGUUUGUUGACAGUUACUCAGCGUACUGUUUACUAUUUCUUAAUUUCGUAACUCUUUGGGGAAAUGCCACCAGCAAUUAUUAACUGGCCCUGAUCUCAACUAGUCUCUCACUGUGGUCCAUCUGCUUUGUCGUGGCGGUUUAGUACUUGACAAAAUGUGUGUGAGGUAUCUUGGAUUUCUUCUUCUGAUUUGGUUUCCUGGAGCGCUGCAUGCACAAAGAGGACAACAAGGUUGUCUUGCUCCCAAACUGGAUAAUGGUUAUUUUGUCCUUGAAGAAGGGACUCCUCAUGAGCUCAUUUAUGCCUGUGAUAAGGGGCAUAAGCCAGUAGUGGAGGGUUGGUGGGCAACAAGUAUAUGUCAAGAUGGGAAAUGGUCUCAUGAACCACAAUGUAUAGAUGAAAAAGCCUGCAUUCCACCAACUAUCCCUCAUGCAAAAUACACUGAAAACUCAAAUGGUUGGUAUGAAGAAGGACACAUAAUAAUAACAUGUGACAAAGGAUAUCAAGAUAAAAACCAGGAUGCCACUGCUGAAUGUAUAAAUGGAACAUGGUCCUCUGUGCCGGUCUGUGAGAAAAGUCUCCAAGCAUGCGGUGCGCCUCCUAAAAUCCCCAACGCAGUAAUCAUUAAUCAGGAAUACCAGGAUGUGUUUGCUGCAGAUUCAGAAGUCAAGUAUGAAUGUGAAAAUGGAUUUACUGUAGAAGGAACAGACACCAAAAAAAAAAUCAUUUGUAUUGCUGGAAACUGGACUACAGGCCCACCGUGCAGCAGUGGAACCAGACCAGGUACUGGGCAUGGUGGCAGGACACAACCUACAGGUGGAGGCAGUGGAACCAGACCAGGUACUGGGCAUGGUGGCAGGACACAACCUACAGGUGGAGGAUCAUCUGUCAGCUCCGGAUCGAAUGGGAGAGAGGGAGGAACUCAAUUCACAACAAUUGACAAAUGUGGAAGAUUCCCCCAAAUUUCUGAUGGAGAU